AUUUCAAGGUUCAGCAAGGGCAAAAUGGUCAUCAAGGGCAUGACAUAAUUAUAUAGGAUAUCUUAUCUACCAUGUCUUGACAGUUUCUGCCAAUACAAUUCUAAAGGCUCAGCUGAUUUUCCAAAGCUAUCACCACUCGUCAUGGAUGCAGAAGAAGUCUUGAGCCUCUUUGAUUCAUGCUGGUUUGGGUAUCAAACAUCGAAGGAACGCUCAAGUUCAUCAACACCGACAAAUUCUCAUGAAAAUUCAGAUCAUCAAAUAAAAGAAGAACCAUCAGAACCAAUGCUUUUGCGCUUCCAAAGCACUCACAACAGGUCCAUGAGCGACCAGUUGAGUUCCAUGACAUGUUUCAACGAUGAUUCUCUUUCCCCAGACUCAGUUUUUUCGCCAAAGCUUCAAACCAUUCUCUCGGGAAAAGAUGUCACAGACUCAGAAGUACAGGUGCGGCAUGAAGUGUUGCCUAAGAAGAGGGAAAGGAAGAAGAAAAGGCAAAGCAAGAGUUUGUCAGACCUUGAAUUUGAGGAGUUAAAAGGGUUCAUGGAUCUGGGGUUUGUUUUCUCAGAGGAAGAUAAGGACUCUAGUUUGGCUUCAAUCCUUCCUGGCUUGCAAAGGUUAGGGAAGAGUGACGAGGAAGAAGAGGAUUGUGAUGGGUCUGCAGUACAAAGACCUUACCUCUCGGAAGCGUGGAAGGUUCAAGAAAAAAGUAAGAAAGAGAACUCUCUCGUGAAUUGGAAAAUUCCUGCUCUGAACAAUGAAAUUGACAUAAAAGAUAGUCUCAGGUGGUGGGCUCAUACUGUUGCUUCCACUGUUAGAUGAUGGAGUUUUGUAAUUCCAGUUUUUCUUGUACUACAUAUUUUGCUUAUAUUUCAGAAAUUUUGUUUAA